CAUAAAACGUGUUUUCCCCCCUCGCUUCAGUCACUAUCUCACGAGUCUCACGACUCUUUUGCUUCGCCUGCUUGCUUCCCUCUUCUACAAAUCUCUAAUCGCCGUCGUUGGUAAAAAUGCCGGCCGUUGGAAAGAAACGUACUAGAUCUAAGGGUAAGAUAGCUCCGGCGGCAACGCCAAUAGUUGAUGAAAUCGUCGAUGGUUCGUUGAAUAGCCCGAUCGAUUUGGGUUUGUCGGAAGACAAGAAGUCUGUAGAGAAGCAGAAGGCGGAGGAAGAAGUGAGCUCUACAAGAGCUUCUCGUUCUGCAAAGAAAGCAAAGGGGAAAAGGCCGUCCACCGGAAAGAAAAGUGCUAUAUCGAAGGGUAAGAUAGCUCCGGCGGCAACGCCAAUAGUUGAUGAAAUCGUCGAUGGUUCGUUGAAUAGCCCGAUCGAUUUGGGUUUGUCGGAAGACGAGAAGUCUGUAGAGAAGCAGAAGGCGGAGGAAGAAGUGAGCUCUACAAGAGCUUCUCGUUCUGCAAAGAAAGCAAAGGGGAAAAGGCCGUCCAACGGAAAGAAAAGUGCUAGGUUGAAGGGCAGGACAGCUCCGGCGGCGUUGCCCACGGUUGAUGAAAGUGACGGAGGUUCAUUGAAUAAUCUAAUCGAUUUAGAGCUGUCCGAAAACGAGAAGUCUGUUGAGAAGCAGAAGGCGGAGGAAGAAACGAGCUCUCCAAGAGCUUCUCGUUCGGUAAAGAAAGCAGUGGAAAAAAGGCCAACCACUGGAAAGAAACGUGCUAGGUCGAAGGGUAGGACAGCUCCGGCGGCGACGCCCACGGUUGAUGAAACUGACGAAGGUUCACUGAACAAUCUAAUCGAUUUGGAGCUAUCGGAAAACGAGAAGUCUGUUGAGAAGCAGGAGGAAGAAACGAGCUCUUCAAGAGCUUCUCAUUCUGUAAAGAGAGCAAAGAAAACUGCGUCGAAGGGUGAGAGCCGCUUGUAUGGAAAACCAGUUCCAGUGGCGGUAGCCCGCGAACGUUGGCCUCACAGAUACAAAGAUUUGAAUAACAAAAAAGUGAAGAAGACCGUCCGAUUAGGUGGCUCUAAAGGUGACGAUGAAGAGGAAGUUCUGCAGGCUCGGUGCCAUUACGAGCAAGCAGAAGUUGAUGGAUGCAUUUACAAUCUUAACGACGACGCUUAUGUGAAAGGUGAAGAAGGAGCUCCGGAUUACAUUGGUAGAAUUAUUGAAUUAUUUGAAACCGAAGAUAGACAGCCUUAUUUUACUGCGCAAUGGUUUUUCAAAGCUGAAGAUACUGUCAUCAAUGAUCAAGCUGGCCUUAUUGACAACAAGCGGGUAUUCCACUCUGAAUUGACUGAUGACAACCCAUUGGACUGCAUUGUUUCGAAAAUAAGAAUUGUACAAGUUGCCCCAGAUGUAACUUUUGGAGAAACUAAGAGAACUAUUCCACCUUGUGACUUUUAUUUUGAUAUGUCCUAUUCGUUGCCUUACUCCACAAUUGCAAACAUAUCCGCUGAAAAUUCAAGGGCUAGUACUGAAUCAACAAUUUCUAGUGAAACUAGUUUAGAUGAUACAACAGAUGAAAGCAAGUCCAAUGCUGAUUUCACCUUACUAGAUUUAUAUUCUGGUUGUGGAGCUAUGUCGACUGGUUUAUGCCUUGGUGCUAACUUAUCAGGCAUAAACCUUGUUACCAAAUGGGCUGUUGAUAUUAACAAAUAUGCUUGCGAAAGUUUGAAGUUGAACCACCCUGAAACGGAGGUAAGGAAUGAAUCUGCUGAAGAUUUUCUGCAAUUGCUGAAGGAAUGGGAGAAAUUUUGCAAGGAAUUCUGCUUGUUUGAAAAAGAUAAAACAUCAAUAGUUGGGGAAGAAGAUGAAGACGAAGGCGAAGAAGAUGGAUCAGUAGUUCCCAAAGGGGAGUUCGAAGUUGGAAAGUUGCUUGCGAUUUGCUAUGGAGACCCGAACGAAUGCAAGCAACGUGGAAUCUAUUUCAAAGUACGUUGGAAGGGUUAUGGGCCAAGUGAGGACACAUGGGAAGGUGUUGAAGGACUUAGCAAAUGUCGAGAAAGUAUAAAAAACUUUGUAACCAAGGGUUUCAACUCAAACAUCUUACCCCUUCCGGGUGAUGUAGAUGUUAUAUGUGGUGGACCUCCUUGUCAAGGGAUUAGUGGAUUUAACCGCUUUAGAAACAAGGAAGCACCACUGAACGACACCAAAAAUCAUCAAUUGGUGGUGUUUAUGGACAUUGUCAAUUUUUUGAAACCCAAGUUCGUUCUGAUGGAAAAUGUGGUUGACAUUUUGAAGUUCGCCCGUGGAUUUCUCGUGAAAUACGCUGUGGGCAGACUUGUUUCUAUGAAUUAUCAAGCAAGGCUUGGAAUGAUGGCAGCUGGUUGCUAUGGCCUUCCUCAGUUCCGCAUGCGUGUAUUCUUAUGGGGCGCUCGACCUACUGAGAAGCUGCCUCAAUAUCCAUUGCCAACGCAUGAGGUUGUUGUUAGAGGAAAUGUCCCUGUCAAUUUUGAGAAAAGUAUGGUUGCCUAUGAUGAGAAAAACCGAAUCAUAUUGGAAAAUGCAUUGCUUUUGGAGGAUGCUAUUUCUGAUCUUCCCCCAGUCACUAAUGAUGAGAGCCGGGAUGAAAUGCCAUAUGGGAAGGCCCCUAAAACUGAUUUCCAGCAGCAUAUAAGAUUGAGUCGGACUGAGUUGAUGUCUGUUGCUAGUAUUGAGAAAAAGGAAUUAAGCAAGUCACUACAGAAGGCAUUGCUAUUUGAUCACCGCCCUCUAAAAUUGAAUGAGGAUGAUUAUCAACGGGUUUGCCGUAUUCCGAAGAAAAAGGGUGCAAACUUUAGGGAUCUUCCUGGUGUGUUGGUUCGACCAGAUAAGAAAGUUGAAUGGGAUAAAUCCGUUGAAAGGGUGUACCUACCUUCAGGGAAGCCUUUGGUACCUGAUUAUGCAAUGACUUUUGUUAAUGGCUCAUCAUCUAAGCCAUUUGGUCGAUUGUGGUGGGAUGAAAUUGUUGCAACAGUGGUGACAAGGGCAGAGCCACAUAAUCAGGUUCUGUUGCACCCGGAGCAGGACAGAGUGUUAACCAUCCGUGAAAACGCGCGACUGCAAGGGUUCCCAGAUUUCUACCGGCUUUGUGGACCUAUUAAAGAGAGAUACAUACAGGUAGGCAAUGCUGUUGCUGUGCCAGUCUCCAGGGCACUUGGCUAUGCAUUGGGUUUGGCAUGUCAAGGGAACACUGAUGAUCAGCCCUUGCUAGUUCUACCUCCUAAAUUUCCUAACCAUCUUGAGCGGGUAUCAUGUUCAAUUGAAAGAGACGAUGCUAAUUGUUCAAGUAAGGAUGAGUAAUUUUAAUCUCUCCAAAUGGAGAGCUUUAUUGUUGAAACUAUUCUCUAUGAAAUGUACCAUAUUAGAAAGAGUUCAUUUCUCUCUUGUAUUUUUGGAUCCAACAUUGUGAAACUCUGUUUAUUAGUGUAUACAAUUUUGAAAAGGUGCACAAGCAAUAGUUUCUACUGCUACUCACCUUGUUACUUCCCA